UUUUUCGCAAAUCCAUGCCGCUUAUGUUAAUCUCGUGUUCACUCAAAGAGAGUGAUCUUGUGUUGCCUUUUUCCAAUAAAUAUUGAAACUCGUUAGCUUCUUGUCCUAGGACUGUGGCACACAUGAAGGCCAAGAAGAAUUGCUUUGUUCCUAGCCCAUGUAUCUAAUAACGUUCCAACCUGAAAAGAAAGAUGACAGCUUGCCGUUUCACGGGGUGUCCUUGGAAGGCCACCCGACGAUGGCUCCUCCUUACUACAGUCUUAUUAACGCUAGCUCGCGAGUCGUUGCAAGAUGAAUACGGGGAUCUUUGGGGCAUCAGCAGCGGGCUGAGCAGGCGUCAUGGGCGACGCCUGCUGACCCGGACCCUCAACCUUGACGAAAUCUUUACGUAUUGGCAGAAAACGUACGCCCACUGGUCACAUGAGGUGUACGACUCGCACCUGAGCGAGUACAAGCGGCAGCUGACACUUGCGGGGCGAGAAUGGGGGCUACCUAAGGAUGACCAGGAACUGCUGGAGGUCUACUACUUCCUGCGGAGCAGGACGCAGGUACCAGCAGCUCCCGGCUGGACCCCUGAACGCGACCGCUGCGCCCCCGGCUGCCACCUGUACGGCACCUGUCACCAGGAGCUGGGCCGCUGCGACUGCCCACGUGGCCGUACAGGUCCCGACUGCGCCACGCCGCUUGCCACCUCCUGUCGGGAGUACUGCCAACACGACGCGGAGUGCCACCGAGUCAUCCGGGAGUGGUGCAUCAACGAGUGCAACGGGCGGGGGAGCUGUGUGGGGGGCGUGUGUCACUGCUACCCGGGCUAUUUUGGGUCGGACUGCGCGCUGUCGAUUGAUUACGAUGGAAGUCAGGGCGGGCGGGGGCCGAAUGCCACGGUGCUGCUGGCGGGACUCAAUUACAGUGCCAACCCCCGCGGCCCGCAGAUCUUCAUCUAUGAGUUCCCGCCCCACUUUCACUUGUGGGGCAUGUUGUGGGUGGACCGGCCGCUGAACAUCAUCCUGUGGGAGCGCAUCACCAGUCUGGGGCUGCGCGAGCUGGACCCGGCGGCAGCGGACUACUUCUUCAUCCCCGGCUGCGGCCGAGGCUGCAACAAGUGGGAAGACAAGUUCCAAUUCAUCAUGACCCACUACCCGCAGAACUGGCAGCGGAAAUGGGGUCGCGACCACCUCGUGACUCAUCCGGGCGACUGGGGCCGCUGCGAAGUGGCUUGGGGCGCCGGGGCGGUCAAGUACAUCGCCAACGUGAGCAUGCUGACGCACUGGGGCGUCACGGUGGACCGAUCCAAGGAUGUGGAGCACGACUUGUUCAACGCAUGCCACAAAGCGAAUCAGGACAUCCUGGUGCCCCCCAUGUGUGGGGACCUCUACACGCAGUUCGAGUACAACGUGUGGCACCCCAGCCGCGCAAACAACCCCGCCAACAAGAGCAUCCUCGCAUCCGUCGCCGGCAGUCUGUGCGGCUGGAACAGCGCGGAGGAGCCGCCCUGCAAGAACCGCUUCUACAGCUUCGGCGUGCGGGCGGCGCUGUGGCAGCUGCGAGACCGGCCGGGCUUCCACAUCGCCAAGCGGGUGCCGGUGCUGGGGGCGUCCAUGGCGGAGAGCGAGUUCUGCUUCGCGCCCACAGGUGCGGGCUACGGGAAGCGCAACGUGGUGAGUACCACGCUGGGCUGCAUACCCGUCAUCAUAUCAGACCACGUGGCUCAGCCAUACGAGCCGUUCAUGAACUGGAACGAGUUCGGUGUUUGGAUUCCGGAGAACCACAUCAACGAGACGGAGAUCAUCCUGCGGGGCUUCACGGCGCAGCAGAAGGCGGAGAAGAUGGAGAAGCUGCACUGCGCCGCGCGCCACCUGGCCUUCACCAGCGUGUACGGAGGGCUGUUUGCGGGUGACACGGGCGAGUAUGACGCGAUCGCCACGCUGGUGAACAUCCUGCGAGCGAGGCUGCGGCACCCGGAGCUUCCGGACCACCAGCUUAUAGAGGCGGAUCCCGAGUUUGCGGAUUUCAUGGCCUGCAAGCCUCGAGGCGCCAGCGGUGACGUGACGGCGGCAGCAGGCGGACGUGCUCCUCCGCCCCCCGCGCCUCCGCUGCCCAACGCAGCGCUGACCAACGUCCACAAGGCGACCUCUGAUGAUGCGGACUUCCCGCAGCGGACCGUCACAACUGCCGCUUGGAUCCGAGCGGCCAACGGGGAAGCGGCGGGGAGCGAUGCGGGUGACCAGCCGGGCUCGGUUAGCAAGCCCAAGCAGCUGUGCAUGUUCAAUCAGAAGUGGGUGGUGUACGACGACCCCGAGGCUCCUGAGCCACCGCUUGAGCAGGCCAUGAAGCGCGGGCAGUGCAUGCCCAAGAACGCCAACCGACCCGGCCUCUUCUUCCCCGGCGCCUCCGUGACCUGCCCGCCCGCCGGCCCCAUCACCAAGUGUGCGCAGCUCGUGUGAUCCCGCUAACAGAUGUCAGCAGCAGCUGGCCAGCAGGAGAACAGCAGUGGUGGUAGAGGGAGAUGCGCCACGCACCAUGUGCGGUAUGAGCCAACAUGUCCAACGACAAUGCACGACAGUAGGAUUGGUGUACGACAGGUUUAAGUUAGAUGUAGCUGCUGUAGGUAGUGAUUAUGGUAGUCGCAGCGACAUGUUCAUUCGCCGCUGGUGUGCUUGGGAUGCCUACUAGGUCGUGAUGCGGAGGCAGCAGUGAGCAGCAGGAGGUCCUUGCGACUCUCAGUAGCCGUUUUUAUUUGACACGCGAUCACAACCGCUAGUGCAUGUCGCUUAGCGUAGCUGGUAAACUGUGACGGUCAGUAAGACCAGAGUGCUGCCAAGAUGGCCUAGGACUUCUUUUCCAUGCGGACAUUUCGGGUCCUGGCGCUUGCUGUUAUGCAUGCUUAUUGUGAUAUAAUGCAUAGUGGCGUUUGCUCGGCCAAAUGUAUCCGCUUGCUUGGGCGGGGAAUGGAAGGAAAGGAGGGACGGCAGGAAGACGAUAGGGUUAGGGACUCAGUAGGCUGUGAAGGGGUGAGAGGGACAGGAGGGCGGCAUGGUCCUGCAUGUAUGGUAGCUGCUGGCUUGAACUAGGGUGAAGGAGCGAAGGAUAAGGAGGGAAAGCUGUCGAG